AUGGUACCAUGCGCUCAAGGUCGCGUGAUUGUAGAGACAGCGAGACCGGCUCCGCCGUUUUUCGCCACAUGCACCAGAUACCGUAGAGCGGUGACCAGUACGCCGAGCGACAUAGCGGCGAGCGUCGCGGGAACGACGUCGUCGAGUGUCACGCAACUGGACCAGCAGUCGACGUCUUCCAGCGGCAAAGGUGCCAUCGGCAAGAACCCGGCGAUUCCACCGUACAUUUCCGCAGCCAGGCCGGAGGACCUCGGCGUCACACCCUGGUACUUGGAGGAUUACCCUACCAUAGACUCCUCGCCAGGGCCUACGGGCGAUCGGAGCUCGUAUCCCUCCUACUUGUACACCGACGCGGAAGUCAACAGCAAGCCAGACAUGAUCUCCACCAGAAACAGCAGCCUCGACAGCGAGCUUCCGCGUCCGCCUUCUUCCAUCACCGCUAUCCCCAGAAAGGCCUACAUGGAUCUGAGAGAGGCCAUCGCUUUGCUGGACGAAACUUGCCCCAAUCAGGAAGUCAGUCCGUCCCUGACACCGAGAACUCCGUUGACGCCGCACCCGAGAAACAAGAGAGCACGAUCAAAGAGCAGCGACAACUCCUCCAAUUACAGCAACGACCGUCUCAGCGAUCGAUCGUUCGAGAACGCGCGUACCCAAGACAAAGAUAAAAAACGACCGUUUCUGAAGAAGAUCGGUAUAUCGAAAACGGAGGACAAGCCCUUCUUAGCGAAGAUAGCGCCAAGGAUAAUAGGCAAGCCGUACUUGGAGAAAAUCGGGCCCAGCAGAGCCGUCGAGAGGCCUUUCUUGGAGAAAAUCGGUUCGUCGAAAACUUUGGACAAGUUCAUUUUCGACAUUCCGCGUUACAAGCAGAAGAACGCGGUCAAAAACGAACCGUGCAAAGACGAACCAACGAACAAGAUCCCCGAGGCGAAGAAACCGGAAGAACGCAGGGCUCUGACGACCGUUGAAUCGUUCGCGGCCGAGAGGAGACGUUCCGGCAAGGGUCAUCUCCUCAAGAUGUAUUCGUUCGAGACGGAAGAUUUGGAAUCGAGCGUGCAAACGAAAGAUAAUCGAGAUCCGCUGCGCGGGGCCUCUUUGGACGACGUGUUGGAUUCGGGCCCGUGCUCUUUACCGUUGGAAACCAUCGCGGACGAAACAUCGAAGCCAGAAACGAAAGAACGAUUCGCGAACGGUGCCGAAUUGCUCAAGUGUCGCGUCACGACCAGCGAAGAGAUUAUAUUUUCCAACGCCAGCAGCUUCGGCUCGGACAAGGAACCAAACAGUUGGGGCAAUUCGCCCAAGAAAAAGUGGUACUUGACGAAAGGUGCGACCACACCAACGACACCGACUCGACGUAAAGUUGUUCAGACCUCUCAAGAUAAAAAACCAAGCGUCGACAGCAUUGCCAAUUCCCCAACGAAACGUCCAAUUUCUACCGUCUUACCGGAUCGUUCGGACGAUUCGCAGCUCGACUCUCCGGAGAAGAAUGUUUAUUCACCGACGAAAACGAGGAGACAAACCUACGAGGAUAUAUUGGAGAGAAACGGAAAGGACGCGGACAUAGCGGAUAAAUCGACGAAACAGGCGCAAUUCGAGAGACGAGGUAUCUCGUCGGACAACCUUCUGUCGAAAGAUCGUUCUCUCGCAUGUUUCGGUUACCACGACAAAGAUCGGAUCGACGGUACGAGGGAGGCGUCGUCCGUCGAUUCCUUGGCUCACCGCGGAGCUCAGGGUUACACCAAAGAGACGUUUAAGCAGCUCCAGGAUAUAUUUAAACACCACGAGGUACCCGUGGAAACGUACGCGGAUUUCAAGAAGCGUACACGAGGUUGCGUUCAAAGCGCGAUCGCCAGGCAACAAGAGCUAUCGAGGGUGAGUGCUCGCAACGAAGACUCCGAUGAUAGGAAGACGAACGAAACGACACGAGCGAUUUCAGCGACGGUUGAAACGGAAUCGUUGGUCGACAAGAAGAGCGAACCCGUCCGUGGAGGCACGGUAAGAUCCGUGCUCAAGAAGCAGCAAGGUGUCGAUCAUCACAGCGAUCAGGAAUUGGAUUCGAACGCGUCCAUAAGACGUCUUAAAAGACGAAUCUUCCACGAACCCUCUCAGGAGACCAUGGACCUGUUGACGGAGUUGCGAAAGGUGAAAAGUCAAUUGAGAACUCCGUCGUGGGAGAAGGACCUCGAACUGGAGGCGAAACCUGCCCGACACCCGAAACGUAUUUUGUUAACCGAUAAGGAGUUCUGUCUCUCCGUCGAGCGGGAAAAUAGCAUUCGUCGUCCGUCCAGAGUACUCGAUUCGUUGGAAAAGACGGAAGAGGGAUGUUUAGACGGAAAGCAAGAGAACGAGAAGAAGACGAAAGCGAAUGGGUCCGACAAGAAGGUUCCCGGGCCAGCUCUGUUCGAGAAGAAAUGUCUCUCGUUGGACUUUGUGGACGAGGAGAAACCUCACAGGCCGGAGGCUAGGGCCAUCUCGCUGGCCUCUGCUAGAAAUUUGGAGAAGGCUGGAGAAAUGGUAGAUUACGCAGAUUUCGCGUUGAUUUGCGACUCGAAGAGCUACUCGUCGGACGUGUUCAACACUCCUUCCAAGGAGACCAACGAAAAGGAGCGCAACGACGAUCCAGAGAAAGAUAUCCCGAAACAGAUGAAUCAGAAUCACUGCACGGAAGUUGACAUUACCAUUCCCAUAGAUCAAAAGGUGACCUGUUCGAAAGGUAACGUUCACGUUCAAAGUAGAACGAGCGAUGUCUACGAGAUAAUAUCCCCGAGAACGCCUUUCCGAGUGAAAAAGCGACUCGGAAAGAUUUCCGUCGAGGACAUUGUCAAGCCGGAGACUUUCACCCUAGGUUCUAAGGUCGACUGCCGAUCAGCCGUUACGCAGAAACGGACCAAGUGCUUCCCUUUAUAACGCACGUCGACCUGCCCGUGGGCGAAACGCUCUCCGUGACGCGACGUCAAUCCGUAUUCGUUCCGAAACAAAAUUCCACGCGAAAUUAACGACAAAAUUUCUCGUCCAUGUUGGUGUUAACUCUUUCGACGAGGGUGUCGCCUGAAACGAACAAUCGGAAGUAAAAUUGGAAGAAAUCGUAGGUAUACGCGAUACGUCGAAAGAUUUUCGGUCAGAACGUAAAUAUAAAAGGACGGAAAUUUGGUCUUGGGGAUAAUCGCGGGCAUUCGUUUAAUUAAACAGACCGGACCGCCAAGGUUUCAUUUUCAAGAGAACAUGCAUUCGAGUCAAGCUUAUUUUCGAACGAACCGCGGUGAAUGAAACGACGCAACGGUAUGCGCAUAGUAUAAAAUAUUUUUACUCGAUUUACUUCUCUGUCACGUGAACAAUGAAAGCACGACCAAGGGUUCUUUCUUCUUUCCAACGUUAUCGAACAAAGAUAGGAAAAACGACCAGCGAAGCUCCCUUGAAUUUCGAUUUUGGAAGCUCUUCUCCAAGAUCGUCGUUGUUGCUUUUGAAAAGAGAAGAGAGGACAAGGUUUCGACAGAGUAGCUCGACGCGCGUUCUACUCGCAGGUAUAUUCUAAAACGUAUCCCGACCACUUUUUAAUCGACGUUACGCGAUAGGAAACGGCUCGAUGAACCUCGAUGGCCAUUUAACCCCUUGACGCGUGACUAGGACACCCGCGGUCCCAAACGAGACGAUAUCGUAUACGGCAAGGGGUUGAUAAAGUUCACGCGGUUCGUUUUCUCGCGCGACCUCUCCGUCGAGCAGUGCCUUGUUCGUGGAUAUAUUUAUUUAAAGGAGAUAAAGUGAAACAAAUGUCCUAUCAAAGAUAUUAUUAAAAUUCCGACCGAGGGCCGGAAUAUUCUGAAUGGGUCCACGGAGUUGCGCUUUCGACGAUACGACUGACGACGAUCUGGUCUUUGAAGAAGGCCGUUUCGUACGGUUUCGAACACCGUUCCCACGACCACGUCACACUCCAUCCCGCGAUCGCGAUCGUACAGACCAGAGACACGCAUUUUUACUCUUGUACGCUCCUCGGUUUACGCAGUCGAACUCUCUCGCGAUUUCCUUCGUCUGUCCCUCGAUUUCCCGACGACGCGCGACGGUCACUCUCGACUUUCCAAUUACGCGAGAAACUACGAAACCCUCGAACAUUUCUCCGGUUUAACGAGUUCUCGGCCUGGUGCAUCGAGGAAUGGAUCAAAGAGAUGAUCGUGAAAGAUAUAUACAUAUAUAUAUAUAUACAAGCUCACGAGAGUGCAACUCCCACGCUUGCCAAGCCUAUUCCCUGUACGGCGAAGCGCGUGACGUUUUAACGACACAAACGUUAAUAUACAUACAUAUAUAUAUAUAUAUAUUAAAGAUAACAGAUUGUUGCGUUCCUCUUAUAAUUUUUUUAGGGUUAGAUAGGAUCGACAACGCACUUAAUGGUUAAAAUAAUACGGAAAGUAAAGGUAAAUGUAGAUGCGUAUACAUAUAUAUAUAUAUAUAAUAUACAGAAUAUCUGGCAAGUUUCCGAGACAACUUUGCCGGUAGGUAUAUUCUAUGGAUGCAAAUAAGACGAGAACGUUACGUAAACCUACUUGUUACGACAACUUUACACAGAAUGUGGACAAUUUUCUAUCGAACAAAACACAAUUCCCCAACGCCAGAGCUUUUAAAAUACGGUAUCAUUUUCGUAAGCAUAUUUCUAUAAAAUACUUGAGCCGAUUCGUGACUCUAGAAGGCUUAGAAAGUUUGCACGGAAACUCGUUGGAUAUCCCGUAGAGAAAUAUAACAUGUAACAAAAAAGUACAUGCUAUCGUUACUCCGAUAAAAUAUUUGUACGUAUUCUAUGACUAUUAGAGACUAAAGCAAGUUGGUAUAUGUAAUAUAAUAUAUAUUAUAUUAUGUAUAUUUAUUUAUACGUAAAUACGCGUAUACUCGAUGACAAGUACGCAAGCGUGUGUGUACCUAAGUGUAUAGGUAUACCGUACGGAUCCUAUAAUUGACGAAAUGUGCCAAACAAAGAUACGAUUUAUUGUAUGUUAUCGAGUUACUUUUGUUGUAAGGUAUGCAUCGUGACCAAAGAGUACGAGGUGGAAUUUAUACAGCGUACUUUUUGAACACUUAUAUAAAAACGUAUUUGUACCGAGGGUUGAGACAGGUCUCUAACGGCCCGAAUCGAUCACGCGAAUCUUCGUAAACUUUUCAGUCUCCGUAGACGUCGAGUUGCUUUUGAUACCGAGAAGAAACGUCAAAUACAGAGAUAACUUUUCGAUGGAACAAAUCUUAACGCUUUAUCUAACCCUGGCCUGUUUAUAGGCUGUUUGAUUUCAAUGUCUACUCGGGAUGUUCGUUUUCCGAGGAAACAAUGUUUUUGCAACAUCGAUUCGAGGUGUUAUAGAUUUCUAAAAACGCUCUAUGUAUGCGUGCACGUUCGACCGUGUUCACGCCUAGAUAUUUGUAUGCGUGUUGCACGUACACGCGACUUGUCCAUUGCGCAGGCGAAAUCGCGUGUGCAAAUUCGGUGCGUACAUUCGUGUAGGUAUAUAAAUAGACGUUAUUUAUGUGUAAUUUUACGCAUACACUAACCGACGAAACGCUAUCGAUAUCGCACGCGUGUUCGGAAAUGACAAUUUACGAAGGAUCACGAGGAAGAUCCGCUCGUCGACGUCGAGACUCGUUAGUUCAGUGAUCUGUUCCUGUCGAAAACUGACAAUUUUAUUUAUAACAGAAAGGAGACCAUCGCGUACAACCUUUCGUUUUAACACAGUGCCAAGUUGCGAAUUUACAAACAUAAACUUAAAAAAGAAAAGGUAGAUUUAAAAAAAAAGAAAAUUGUAAAGUAGAAAGAGUAUUUCGUGAUCCUUUACUUUGGAACUCCGUGGAACGCGUUGCGGUAUUCGGUCGGUGAAGUGCAAUCAAAAAUAUGGUGAGGCAGGGUUCGAAUUCUAAUCCGCAAGGUAAAUCGUCCACUCGUUCUUAACUUAAAAAGAAGAGAAAACAAAUGGAAGCAACCUCUUAUCGCUGCAGCCAUCCGUCCACCUUUUCGGCUGUCCAUGCUCGCCAUCUCGCAUACUCGUGAUAAAAGGAAGCGUUAUUCUCAUCUACCGAAUUAAUAUCGUGCAUUUGGAAGUGUUAAACUAUCUUUCUUUCUCGCUGGCGAGAUUUUAGUGGCCGAGUACGAAUCCCCUGACGUCCAUUCGUUACGGUAGCAAGCCGAUAUUUUAGAGUUUUAUUCCUUACUAGAGAAACAUAACUAUACAAGUUCCAUAUUCUUGUGGCGUUUUUCGAAUUUAAGAGGAUUUUAAAGAUUUUACUGGUCAAUCGAUCGUAAGACGUUUUACUGAAAGUUUUAUUUCACACAAACGGAAAGGGUACAGUCGAAUAAGGGGGUCAAAAGUAUUUUUUCAUUUCUUUAACGAUGGCGUACCGACGCUUUUCACCCCUCUUUGAUACCUUUUCUACUUAGUCGUUUAAGUUAUUAAUUUCAAUCAGCCGAUCGAAAUUCGAGAAGAAAUCGUUUUAAAGCAGCUGAGAUCUUUUAGUAACAGUCACGUAUAUUUGAACAAGUUUUAUGGGAAGACUACAAUCAAAAAAUGAAUGUAAAUAAGUCACCAAAAGCUUGAAAAGAGUACUCUCAAAUUAUAACUUAUAGCACGAACACGGAAAUUUUUGAAAAAUAAAAUGAAAGAUCAAAACGCGAAGCAAGGAGAGCACUCUUAUCACGAACAGUAUGACGGAAUAAAUUUCUAAAAUUAGGAGGUAAAAAGAGGCUCUCUUGUUUCUCAAUUUCUCAUUCAUAUUCUCUUUCGUCCGGAAAGUAUGAAGUGACCGCGAAUGUUGUUGAGAACGAGUUCCAAAUGCUGUCCAUUUAACGAGCUGAACUUAAGGCGAGCGAAUGAGCAACGUUUUGUAAAUUGUGUGAUAAGCGACUAAAAUAAAACACGAUGUGGUACGUUUUGUGUAACAUUGGUACAUUGUUGUAAAUAAUAAAUAGAUCGUAUGUUGUA